AUGUGGAUAUUUGUUAGAUUGAAGAAAGAAGUAGAAAAGCUCAGCUUACAUAUUUCAGAUCUUGAGAAGAAGAUCAUUCAGCUUCAAGAUGAGAGAGAUACAUUUGAGAGGGAAUUAGGUGUUCGAAGAGAGGAAUGGAAAAGUUUUUUAUCGCAAGUUCAUGAGUUAAAGAAGAGUAAAGAUGAGUGUCUGAAAGAGCUCAGCGCAUCAACGGAUGCUCUUGUCCUAGAGAAAGAAAAGGAGAAGUCUCUCAUGUUGAAGAAGAUGAAAGAUUUUGAUGUGGUUUCCGAUAAAGUUCUCUCGCUGCUGAAGACUACCACGGAGGCUGUACAUGGAGGUGAAAAUGCUCAAGAGAAUGGCUUUGUCGAUGAUGAUGAUGAUGACAGGAUUCGUCCAUUCGCAGAGAUGGAGAUGAUUAAAGGAGCUUUUAAGAGCAGAGGAGAGAAGUUUGAAGAGAUGAAUAGAGAGAUUGAGGUCUUGAAGAACAAGAAGCAGCCAAUAGUGACAUUGUCAAUAUGUGAGGCAGAAUAUGUGGCAGCAUCUUGGUAUGGUAAAGAAGGGUCGAUUGAGAAUGUCUAUUAUGUGCCUGACUUGAAGAGUAACAUCCUUAGCAUGGGACAACUAUUGGAGAAGGGAUAUUCGGUUUUCAUAAAAGAUCGGAUGUUGCACUUGAAGGACAAAAAAAGUCGGUUGCUUGCACAAGUGGAGAUGGCCAAGAAUCGAAUGUUCAAACUCAACUUGAGAAACGUGCAAGAAAGGUGUUUGCAAAUCAACAAGGAGGAUGUGGAGAAAGAGGAGAUCAGCGAAAAGCAUCGGGCGGAGAUUAAGUUGAUUAGGGAUGAACUCGAAGAAAAAAACACCCGAUUGCUUAGUAAGAACGAUGCAAUCAAGAAAGAGGUUGGUGUGUUGGAGGAGGCUGAAGCAAAGAUUGGGGAGCUUAAGAUGAAGUUGGAUGGUUUGAGUUCAAAGAUCAGACAGAUUUCAAUGGAGAAGGAUAAGUUUGAAAAUGUAAAAACGAAACAAGAUGUGGAUAUUGUUAGAUUGAAGAAAGAAGUAGAAAAGCUCAGCUUACAUAUUUUAGAUCUUGAGAAGAAGAGCAUUCAGCUUCAAGAUGAGAGAGAUACAUUUGAGAGGGAAUUAGGUGUUCGAAGAGAGGAAUGGAAAAGUUUUUUAUCGCAAGUUCAUGAGUUAAAGAAGAGUAAAGAUGAGUGUCUGAAAGAUAUGGUGGGAAUUAGGCGUUUGAGAAAUUGGAAAUUUUUUAAAACAAGAAAAACAAAAUGGAAUGUUUGA